AUGUCGGACGCGCCGUCAACCGAGACCCAGGCCAAGGGGGUCUUGGCGGCCAUGACCAACGCCUCUGAGAUAACGAAUAACUCCGGGGACUACUACUACAAUGUCUCGAAGCAUAUCAAACCACCGUUGGAUAUCCAGAUCAAGGAGGCACGACUGGUUGAUGGCAUGAUACCUUUGUCAAAGUAUACAGCCGGCAAAACGGGCAAGUCUGUUGCUCGAAGCUAUCUUGCAGCUCUUGAUCUCCUGGUCCCUGUUGAGGCCUCUGUCUCUGGUGUUGUAUCCAACGAGACUGGGGACAUCACCGACCCGCGCCUCAAAACAAUCCGAGAGCGCUACAAGUACUCCAUGGGCUAUUUGACUUCACCAGACGACACUCCCAGUGGCAACGGCCGGACCAAGGUUGAGACCUAUGUCAUGAAAGAGUCAGCGUGGGCAAAGGAAGUAGCUGAGUAUCAGCGUGCCCAAGCUGAGGCCUUGAGGACCCUCGCACCACCCGUCGGCGCUACGACUGCCCAGGUCAAGGCUUCGCAGGAGAAGUACAUGCAAUGGAUUCAAGAGCACGCGCGAGAAUUCAAGAACACGAUUCAAACGAAGUAUAUGGAUUGGGUAGUCCACGGUCAUAAGUUCAUGGUGGAUUUCCAUUUUGGUAUUGUCGACAUAUCGUCGGGCAUGAAGCGUAUUGAGAACAGCAAGGAGGCCUACAGAAACCUCACUGUCAUCGCUUCUGAUGGGUCCAGUGAGUACAAUGGUGUUGUACUUACGCCGAUCAGCUGGGCAACGAUGGUUGCGAAGAAGACGCUCAAUUGGAAAAAGGAUCACGCCAAGCCCAACCCGGCAGAGAUCCGUGCGGAAAUUCGUCGCUUGCAAGGUCUGCUUGUUUCACACGAAACUCUUGCAGAUGCUAUCGAUAAAGAUGCCUUCUUCCCAGUGAUGUCCAGCGAUUCGACGCCCGACGACAAAAAGGUCAAGGAGGCUUAUGCCCAUGUAUACAACGACAUGGACACCAAGAAUGCCAAAAGCCGGAAACAGGACGAGAAUGAGUCAAACAAGAACAAUUGGCUGAAGGAUACAUUCGGUGCCGCCCCUCUCACCGAAGAUGUCCUCAAGAACUUGACCGACGAGCAGAAAAAGCACGAUGAAGCCAGCUUGGAUCGAAACAACAGAUCAGUCCGUGACAAUUCGGAGCAGAACAAGGACAAGGCCAAGAGCUGGAUCGGCGCGCGAGUCAGUCAGAUCAAGCAGGAUAUCGACGAUCUCAAGAAACAAUUGAGCGCUGCCGAGGCUGCUCCUUUGAUCAGUGCACCACCGCUGUUGCCGGUCGUCAAUGCUGAGGGCAUUGUUGUGACAGGAGAUGAGCUUGUAGCCAACCCGAGUCUCAAGAACCCAGGCCUUGGUAACGUCAUUGAUCUCGACAACGAAGACACCUGGCGCAAUGCCGCCGACGAUGGUCCCGAUUCCUGGACAAAGAUUUCGUGCAAGGUGUCAAGCAAGAGCAGCUACUCCGAGACUUCGACAUCUCAGAGUGCAUCCUCCAUCUGCGGCAAGGCCGGUUGGGGUUGGUGGCGCGCAUCAGCCAGUGCAAGCCACACAGAAAGCAGCGCGGAAGCUAUGUCGUCCAUGUCCAACCUCGAUGUUGAGGUUAGCAUGAGCUGUAUGGUAGUCGAGAUUGAGAGGCCCUGGCUUCACGCUGAGCUUUUUGCUGACGCUGAGCUCGACUCUGGAGAAUUCAGAAUUUCUCCAGGAGAAGAUGUCUUGAAAGACGCGUUCGACAACGGGAAAAACCUCGUGGGCGAAUAUCAGCAGUUCUCCUCUUACCCAACAGCCUUUGUCAUUGCUGCAGACAUCGAACUCAGUUUCUCGGGAGACACCACCAAGCUCGAGAGUGCGGUCUCGGCUUCUUCUACCCAGGCCAACGUCUCCGUCGGGUGGGGUCCCUUCGCCGUCUCGGGAUCGCACAGUUCUUCCAAGUCCAAGUCAAAGACCAAGAUGGAGUCCACUGCCACCGGUUGCAGAAUCUCUGUUGAAGCGCCUCAGAUCGUGGGAUGGGUUCAGACUCUCCUUCCUAUGCUGCCUAAGCCCAAGAAUGGUGUUUCCACGAUGAGCAGUCCCUUCAGCACAGCCUGA